GUUCAGCUUCUGCUGCAUGCAGUGCAGUGACGGGGACCAGUAUCUUGGAAUGUGCCUGGAGGCAUAGGCAUGGCCUUUUGCUGGACAUAAUACUUGCCAUGGCCAUGCUGAGUUAAUUGACUUUGUAACAUUCUGGUGGCGCGACUUUGCUAGUCUACUACUCCGCAUGUGCGCUUCGCCAGUUUGGUACUAUGGAGCACACACCCGCGCUAAAUUGGGACUGUUAAUCUCCCGCGCUCUGUAACCUUCCAUGAGCUAUGGUAAAAGUCAAUUUUGUCCCUGCUUUAACCACGACGCUGGUGAAAACCUAACACCUCUUUCCAUUCCACGGCGCCGCCAAUCUCUCUGUGCUCGUUCCUCCGAUGGCGACUCUGACGAGAGGGAAGAAACGGCUGGUCGUCGACGUCGAUGUCGAGGUCGACAGUGAGGCCGAAGUGGCUGCCGCCUUCAGUCGAUUGUCCGUGUCAAUCGUCGCCAAGCCUACAGGCGACGGUAGCGGCAAGGAGCACUCCACCGGCAAGGAUGUCACCUGCGCGGCCACAUCAGGUACGUGGUACACCCAGCAAACUCACCAGCAACAUCCCCAAUCCUACAACAGCCAGAUGCAAUUUACUCCCCAGCAGCAGACCCAUUCUGUCUUCAAGCAGUGGUUGGCACCUCGUUCAGUGUCGAUAACCCGAUUUGAAACGGUUCGUAGUGACCUCGCCCAAGCCAUUGCAAAAUGCAUGUAGUUGGGAAGGAGUUGAAAGAUUUGGUCGGAGACGAGAUUAUGGAUUCACCAGAUACGGCCAAAGAGGUGUCAGUGAACUUCGCAAUGUGGCGCGUGUAUGAGCUUGCUCAGUCACUUGAGAAGGAAGCACAACGUUUAGAAGAUCUCGAAGCUGGUCCGUCGCCACCAUUAUCUGAGUAUUUCAAUAACCAAUUUGCUGAAGAUGAAGAUAUGGGUGGUGGGGAAUGGGCACUGGAUGAUGUCAAUUAUGAAGAGAUUCGGGAUCGUCAGAGGAAGUAGAGUAGUAUGGGUGGUGUGGAAUGGGCACUGGAUGUAUUAUCUGUGUAAGAGUUAGCUUGUGUAAAGUUAUCUGAGUAUUUCAAUAACCUUAUUAUGUAACUGAACUUGGUAAUGAACUACUGUGAACCUGGGUAUGUAUGACUGAA